AUGGCGGACGCAGCAGUAGAAUUCCUGCUGGAAAACCUGACGCAGCUACUACUCCACCACGCGCAUUUGAUAAUCGACGCAAAGGACAAGGUCGAGAAGCUAGAGACGGAUCUCCGAUUCUUCAAAGCAUUUCUAAGAGACUCAACGAAGAAGAGGAAGAAGGACGACAGGCUUCGCGAUCUCGUCCGAUCCAUACGCGACGUCGUUUACGAGGCUGAGGACAUCAUCGACGCCUUCGUUACUCAGGCCGCCGUCGCCAAGUCCAGAUCUUACUUCGGCAAAGCUUUUUCCUCUCCGGCGAAGCUCCUCGACAUCGCCGGACAGGUCGAAUCCAUAUGCGGCAAGAUCAGAGAUUUCAAAGGCGGCAAGGACAACUUCGACUUCGCCAUCCUCGACAUCGGAGACGACGGGCCUGAAACUGCUUUGGAGGUUCCUAUUGUAAGAAAAGACAAUAUUGUGGGUCUCGAAGACGAGGCCGAAAAAUUGAUAGGAUAUUUGAAUGACAAAACCGAGCAGCUCGAUGUCAUCUCAAUCAUUGGCAUGCCCGGCCUAGGCAAGACCACACUAGCCGCAAAGAUCUUCGACGAUCCAGCAUUGCAAUUCGAAUUCCCGACCCGAAUAUGGGUUUACGUUUCGCAAGAAUUCACAAGCAAGAACGUCUUUCUCGCCAUCCUCAAAAAGAUGAUCACGAAGCUCAGCGACGAAAUGUACGCCAAAAGCGACGUCGAGUUGGCCCAAGAAGUUGCUUCUCGUCUCGAGGGAGGCAAGUUCUUGAUCGUCAUGGAUGAUGUGUGGACCGCUCAAGAUUGGGACAAACUCAAAAUCGCCUUCCCGAGCAACGCCAGGAUGGGUAAAGUCCUGAUCACGAGCCGUCAACAAGAAGUUGCUCUUGCCGCUAACCGCAAAAGACCUCCCCACAAAAUGCGUCACUUGGACGAGGCGGAGAGUUGGUUGCUUUUCCAGUGGGAGGUUUUUGGUAAACCCGAGUGCCCUUCUGUGUUGGAAGUUUCCGGAAAACUGAUCGUCGAGGGCUGUCACAGGCUGCCACUUGCAAUAGUGGUCAUAGGAGGUAUUCUUGCCACAAAGUUUGCCGCAUCGGAUGACUUGAGUGUACGAAGAGAUGCAUGGGAGAAAGUGUCGCAAAGCGUGAGUGUUUACCUUAAAGACGAAGACCCGUUGAAACGCAUGGAAGCUAUCAUAGCAUUGAGUUACGACAAAUUGCCUUAUCACUUGAAAGAGUGCUUUCUCUAUUUGGGCAUGUUCCCUGAAGAUUUUGAGAUCCCGGUGUGGAACUUGACCCGCAUGUGGAUUGCCGAGGGGUUGAUUCAACCAAAGGACGGUGUUAUUAGCAUCGAGGAAAUCGCGGAGAACUAUUUGGACGAACUUAUUAAUAGGAACUUGGUUAGAAUUGAUAAGAGAAAGGCCAACGGUAAAGUCAAAACGUGCCGUAUACAUGAUUUGCUGCGCGAUUUCUGCAAAACCAUAGCCGGAAACGAAAGGGAGAAUUUCCUCCAAGAAAUCAAGAAUUACGGUGGCGUUUUUCAACCUCUGGCUUCCGAUAUAAGCAAAUAUCGUCGUCUUUGCAUUCAUUCCAAUGUCGUCAAUUUCCUCUCUAAGCGACCUAAAGGUUCUCUUGUCCGUUCGUUUGUUUGUUUCUCCAAGGAGGAAUUCGAUUUGCAGAACGAUACCAUUUCAGCAAUUCCUGCUGCUUUCAAACUGCUUCGAGUUCUAGAAGUCAAGCCCAUCAGAUUCCCGAAAAUUCCCGGUGACCUAUACCACUUGGUUCAUUUGAGGUACAUCACCCUUUCCUUAAAUUCAGCGUCCAACACCAAACCGACGGUUCUUCCCGCAGCUUUCUCCAAACUCUGGAACAUACAAACUCUUAUAAUCGACACUGCGUCGCGCACCCUUGAUAUAAGAGCGGAUAUCUUGAAUAUGAUUCAGCUACGGCAUUUAAAGACGAACGCAUCCGCCACUUUGAUCAAGCCCGGUAAAGCUAGUAAGGAAGGCGACAUGCUUCAGACGCUCGGUACGAUUUCUACCGAAAGUUGCACGGAAGCGCUCAUCGUGAAGGCCCGCAAUUUGAAGAAAUUGGGCGUUCGCGGGAAUCUAGCGUUGCUUAUGGAUCCCAAGAGUGGAUCGUUCGAUAGUUUGAGGAAAUUGGGAAGCCUUGAAAAUCUGAAGUUGAUAAACGACGCGUUUCCUCAUCCAAGCAAACUCGGUGAUCUCCCUCCAUCUUACAGGUUUCCUAAGAAGUUGAGGAGUCUUACAUUGUCGAGUACUCUGCUCGAUUGGACCGAUAUGUCUAUCCUAGGAUCGCUCGAAAACCUCCUAGUGCUCAAACUAAAAGACAAAGCGUUCAUGGGGAGGAGCUGGGAGGCGGCCGAUGCGGGGUUUCGCCGUCUUGAAGUGUUGCACAUUGGGCACACAAAUUUAGCCGUUUGGGUAGCGUUGGGACAUCAUUUCCCGAGACUUAGAUGUCUUAAGUUGCGAAACUGUGAGAAUCUAGAAGGAGUUCCGAUCGGGUUGGCCGAUAUACCUACAUUCCAAGAGUUGGACUUGUUCCGAACCGAAAAGGCAGCUGCCUCUGCAAAGAAAAUUCGUAAGAAUCGAACCACGAACGGCCUCACGGAAUUCAAGCUCUUCAUUUUUCCUCCUUCGCAGAAUGACCUUUGA